UUCCUCCCACCUGCCAGGCUCCUCAUCCGUGGAGGGACAGAAACCCCAGAAUUCACAGCAGACCAGCCAGUAACGGUCAGAGGGAGCUUUCUGUGGUACCAACCAACUCCAAACAUCAGUGAUCUCCAUCAGCAUGCACCAUCUGUGUGUCUCCAUGUUGGUCCUCUUAAUUCUCCAUGGAUUCCUCGGUUUCACUGGGGCAGAAGACACUCCCAGAGAGGAAGGCAAAGGCAGGGAGAAACGUGAAAUGCCCAAUUGGUCCCUGUGGUCAUCAGACUUCACAGGCUGGCUGCAGGAACUGACUGCACAAGCUGGUUAUGACCGGAUCCAGAACCUGGCCAGAACCUACUGGGCCCACUUCCCUAUAGCCAGUUACCUGGGUUAUGACAGCCCUGAAGAAAACCCAGACGGAUCUGAAGAGGUUCCGGAAUGACGUCUCGGUCAAACACAACCCUCCAGAGAAGAGUCCACCUUUAAGAGAAAAGCCCUUCUGACUUUGUCAGAUCAUUUUAUUGAUGUUUGCUCUGAAACUGGACAUUUUUUUUAGCAGGAGGGUUUGCAAGCAUUCAAACAGAU